AUGGAAGAGGAACAGGACAUCAAGCCUGUGCCCUCAUCCCAGAGUUCUAAGAACACACAGCAGCACGACACCCGCCAUUCUUCCCAGGGCUGGUCCUUGGAUAUGCUGUUACGCAGAUUGAAGGCCGUCGAUGCCAAGAGGGAUGACAAGCUGGCCAGCAUUCUGGAUGCCGUGGGGGUGUUUGGCACAUUCCAAUGGAGGCUGGUGGCUCUCACCUUCAUCCCCAGCAUGCUGUCAACCUUCUUCCUGCUUUCUGAUUACUUCAUGGUGACAGCCCAGACGCCCUAUUGUAACACCAGCUGGAUCCUGGCAGUGGGCCCUAAUCUCUCCGAGGCUGAGCAGCUGAACCUCACCGUGCCCCGAGCACCCAAUGGCAGUUUCCUGACAUGCCUCAGUUACAUACCUGUGUCAUGGGAUCUAGACUCGAUCAUCCAUUUUGGUCUCAAUUACACCGAAAAAUGCAAAAACGGGUGGAUUUAUCCUUACGCCACGAGGCGCUCUCUCAUCAAUGAGUUUGACCUGGUGUGCGGCAGUGAACCAAACAUCGAAAACAUGCAGACUGUCUUCCUGGCAGGCGUCCUGACAGGCUCUCUCCUCUUUGGGUUCCUAAGUGACAAGCUGGGGCGCUACCCAACUAUCCUGAUGUCGCUUCUGGGACUCCUCAUCUUUGGCUUUGGAACAGCCUUUGUGAACAGCUUUUACCAGUACCUUUUCUUCCGCUUCAUUGUGGCCCAGGCGACCGUGGGCUAUGUUAUCUGCAGUGUCUCUCUAGUUAUGGAGUGGCUGGUGGACGAGCACCGGGCCCAAGCCGUCAUUCUGCAGCACUGCUUCUUCACCAUAGGGAUCUUGUUCCUGUCGGGGUCCGCCUUCAAAAUUGCCCACUGGAGGCUGCUCUUCCUGGUGGGUGGCACGCCUAUGUUUCCCCUCAUCUGCAACGUUUGGGUUCUCCGAGAAUCCCCACGGUGGCUGAUGGUGAAAGGGAAGGUGGAAGAGGCCAAGGAGGUGUUGUGCUAUGCAGCUAAGGUGAACAAGAAGACCAUUCCUUCAAAUCUACUGAACGAGCUGCAGCUGAAGGGAAAGGUGAAGAAGGCCUCCAUUCUGGACUUCUACACCAACCAGAACCUCUUCCGGGUGGUCUUGGCCAUGGCCUGCUCAUGGUUUACUGUCAGUUACAUCUACUUCACACUGAGCCUCAAGAUGAAAGAUUCUGGGGUCGACCUGUACUACAGACAAGUGAUACCCAGCAUUAUGGAGAUGCCAGCCCGGCUGUGUUGCAUUGUUUUAUUGGAGAAUUUUGGCAGGAAGUGGAGCCUAUACCUGAGUCUCAUCCUAGCUACCAUUGCGUGUGUGUUUCUCCUUUUCCUCCCUCAAGAGCUCAAGUCAACGAUAAUCCUGGUGCUCGUGCUGGGAGAGUUUAGCCUGGCCGCCACCAUCACCGUGUUCUUCAUCUAUACUGCCGAACUCCUCCCCACUGUCCUCAGAUCAACGGGUCUGGGAAUGGUGUCUCUGUCUUGGGCAGCUGGGGCCAUCUCGUCGCUGGCCAUCUUCAAACAGAUCCAAUCCCAGCUGCCCAUCUUCUUCUGCUGUCUUUCCUGUGUCUUGGCCUUGUGCUUCUUCUCUCUGGUGCCAGAAACAGAGAACCAGCCUCUUCGUGACAGCAUAGAGUACAGUUCAAGGUAGACCACCCACAAGGAUUCUGUCGAACUCAAGAAAAGAAGCAAGGAUGUUGGCACAGUGAUGCUCUCUGACUGGUCCAUGUCUGAUAUGUGCGAUGUGGUAAAGGAUACUGCCGUCAACACGACGACUCCAGAAUCAGAAGCAGGUUCUUCAACACAGCCUUUGAAAAACUCAGCCUCAGGGAAUUGCCCUGUCCAGCAACCUGAGGACCAGGUUCCCUAA